AACAGUACGCACAAUAAAAAGCUGAAAAGAAAGAAAUACAAGAUCCACCUCGAACCUCUCUCCACUCCUCUCCACCACACUCCCACCACCACUCUCCGCCUCUCUUCUCCCUAAACCACCACCACCACCACCACUCUCUCACACACACUCUCUAUCCCUCAAUCAAAUUCUAGACACACAGAUUUCCCUCUCAAACAAUCAAAUCCCCAUCUUCUCCUCCACCACCACCACCACCAACACUUCUCUUUCACUAUCUGAAGAAAAUUCAAACGACCCAUUUGUUCAAUUCAACACCCAAAUCCAAAAACCUUGUUAUUCCUGAAGAACAAUCAAAAUCAGUGAGGUUGGAAGAGGAACUAGCUGGUGGGUCUGUGUGUGUGGGAGAUUUGGAGAACAACAAUGAGGGAAGACGAUUCAAAUUGGUUCGUUAGAUGGGAAGAAGAGCUUCCUUCACCGGAGGAACUCAUGCCGUUAUCCCAAACCCUAAUCACCCCUGAUCUAGCCAUGGCGUUUGACAUCAGAAAUUCUCUCACCGCCACCAUCAACAACAACCCACAACAACAACACCAACAGCAGCAGCAGCUUCAGCUUCAGCAGCAGCAGCAGCAGCAACAGCAACCGCCGCUUUCUUCUAACCCUUCUUCUCUUCCUUCAUCCGCCGAUUUUGCUGAUUCCGGCGAGCUGGGCUCCGGCAACGGCGGCGAGGAACCGGCCAGAACUCUCAAGAGGCCGCGCCUGGUUUGGACCCCGCAGCUCCACAAGCGGUUUGUUGACGCCGUGGCGCACCUUGGGAUCAAGAACGCGGUUCCGAAGACCAUAAUGCAGCUCAUGAGCGUUGAUGGGUUGACCAGGGAAAACGUCGCUAGCCACCUGCAGAAGUAUCGUCUUUACCUCAAGCGCAUGCAGGGGAUUUCCGCCGGUGGUCCCGGCGGCGGCGGUGCAGGACCGGCAGGCUCUGCUGACCCUACUGACCACCUCUUUGCUAGCUCCCCUGUGCCGGCUCAUUUCUUGCAUCCUACUGCCCGGCCUAAUUCCGAUCACUUCCUGCCGUUUGUGCCUGUGCCGGCUGCCCUCCACCACCACCAUCAGCAGCAGCAACAGCAGCAUCACUUGGCUGCGGCGGCGCAGUAUCACCGGCCGGUGGGGCAUUUCGGGUCGCCCCCGAAUGGUCACUUUGAGAAUCCCUUCCUGUCCAGGCAGCAGCAGCUUCAUAGGAUGGGGGCACCAGUGCACAACAACCCUGCUUUGUCUAGUUAUGUGGAGGACAUGGAAUCUGCCAAUGCAUCAGGAGGGAGGAAGGUUCUUACUUUGUUUCCAACAGGAGAUGAUUGAAUUUGUGUUAUAAUUGUAUACAGUUGACAUGUCAUCUUGUUGUCUUGUGAAAUUGAUGUUUGGAGGUGUACUUAGAGUUUGGUCAGGGUCUUAGUUGUUAAUUGGUGUUAGGGUUGUUGUCUUAUUGAUCAUAUGGUGUUACUAGCUGGUAUUGGAGUCUAGAUUGUUGAGUCUGCAGAUCCAAAUGCUCAUGUCAUUCUUAUUUGGCUUGAUCUGUGGUGGUACUAAUUGGUAUUCAUAAUGAGUAUUGAUAGGGAUUCUACUGUGGUGUCCUUCCUGUAAGAAACAUACCUUGUUGGUGGUAGUCUAUAUUCUCUGUCAGCUUCUGGUGGCUGAGAUUCAUCAUGAUGUCACCUUUUGGCGGCAAUGGUAGUGUCUGUAAGCCUGUCGGUGAAUCCGUGGCUGUAUGUCGUUAGGGCUUCCUCUAUGUUGAUUUAUUCGGUGGUUGUCCGGGAAUUCGGCUGCAGCUCCAAAUAAUCCGGAACGUUACUGCUUAGGAAGUUCAUUGAUGGCAGGAGAGGCAAAAGGAAUAAGUUUGGCAUUUAUCUCUGCAGGUGGUAAUAAAUAUGCAUUACACUCGCUCAGUAGAAACUAAUGGAAGCAGAUCUGAUUGGCAUAUUUGGUUGUGAAUUCUUCAACUAAAUCCGGGAGCCUCUAUUGUGAAAGACUUGUCUCGUCCUUGUCAAGUUUUUUUGUCCCGUAGAGGUGAGUUGUACAUUGUUCGAUUCUAUAGAAGACUUUAAUGCCUGAUGUAAGGCAAUCGUUUGAAAUUCUAAUCUUACUCCAGUGUGGGGUUAAUUUCUGUAUGCUAGAUGAACUCAAGUAAACUAGUUCCACAAUUUCAGGGUUCACCCUGCUUAAAAGAAAACAAUAAGUUCAUGUUACUUAAUUGUGUAUUUCUUCUUUGACUAGAAUUCCUGAUUCCCUUAUGUACUAAGUACUGAGACUCUUAAUGAGUCAUAUUAUUUGAUGAUGAAUUUGCUCA